GUUGCUGACUGCUUGUAUCCUUUUGGCCCUUCCCACAGACUCCGGCCCUCUGAUUCUCCGGCCCCCUGUCCAGGGGCUGCUUCGUUGCUCCCGAGCCUCGUCUGCUCGCCGCCCCCCGACCGUUCGUCCGACCGGAAGUAGUCGACGAUCCUUCUUUCGCCCUCUGUCCUCCAUCAUUCCGAGCCUCUUUCGACAUCUCGACGCCGCUCUUCGACCUCCGCAGCAAUGGCUUCUUCGUCCUCAAACGUCGUCGGCGUCCAUUACCGGGUCGGGAAGAAAAUUGGAGAGGGUUCCUUUGGAGUCAUCUUUGAGGGAACCAAUCUGUUGAACAACCAGCAGGUGGCCAUCAAAUUUGAACCUCGGAAGAGUGAUGCACCACAGCUUCGGGAUGAGUACCGCACGUAUAAGAUUCUCGUUGGUUGCCCCGGCAUUCCCAAUGUCUACUACUUUGGACAGGAGGGUCUGCACAACAUCCUCGUCAUCGACCUGCUCGGACCUUCACUCGAGGACCUCUUCGACCACUGCGGACGUCGGUUUACGAUUAAGACCGUCGUCAUGGUCGCCAAGCAGAUGCUUUCCCGAGUCCAGACGAUCCACGAAAAGAACCUCAUCUACCGUGAUAUCAAGCCUGACAACUUCCUGAUCGGACGACCAGGAACUAAGGCAUCCAAUGUCAUCCACGUGGUCGACUUCGGUAUGGCCAAGCAGUACCGAGACCCCAAGACCAAGCAGCACAUCCCCUACCGCGAGAGGAAGUCGCUGUCUGGUACUGCCCGCUACAUGAGUAUUAACACCCAUCUUGGCCGCGAACAGUCUCGACGAGACGACCUGGAGGCUCUUGGCCACGUCUUCAUGUACUUCCUUCGCGGUGGUCUUCCUUGGCAGGGACUCAAAGCUGCCACUAACAAGCAAAAAUAUGAAAAGAUUGGUGAGAAGAAGCAGACCACUGCAAUCAAGGAUCUCUGCGAGGGCUUCCCUGAGGAGUUCAGCAAGUACUUGACAUAUGUCCGAAACCUUGGUUUCGAAGACACCCCCGACUACGAUUACCUUCGAGAGCUCUUCACCCAGGCCUUGAAGAACGCUGGCGACAUCGAGGAUGGCGAGUACGACUGGAUGAAGAUUAGCAAGGAUUCGGGAAAGGGGUGGGACUCGAUGAAGAAUCAUGGCGCAGCAUACUUGCACAACCCAAACGCGCGCCCCGGUCCUUCUCAAAUGGAGCUGCACAGUGGUCAUCGUCCUACGAAUACCACCUCUCAAUCGCAGGCUCAGAAUCUCACUGUCGGCCGUUUAAACGCCGCGCAGCCCCCUCCUCCAUCGCCGAUCAAGCAGAUGGGGAGCAAGAGAGAUCGACCAAACGCCCCCGGCGCGCUGCCAGCCCAGCGGAUGAGUGGAACAGGUCUUCGCGAAAUGGGUACCCCCACUGGCUCAACUCAGGCCCAGUUCCAGAACAGCACCCAGAACCUCCCCCAACCGGUAACGAGCCAGCAGGGCCCCAUGACGGCAGCAGGCCAGCCUAGUGCGCGACCCGCCGAGGCCCAGCAGCCCAGCGGAUUCCAGAAGUUCAUGAAGACCAUUUGCUGUGGCUAAAGCAGGCGUUUGUUUUUGCGAGUUUUCGGGAUUUAUUUAGUACCCUGCAUGGCUGGCGACGUUGUACCCGACAAAUUAUGUCCGAAGCCCCUCUUAAUUCUAUUGGAGAUUGAUUCCUUGAAGCAACCAAAGAAAAAAAUUAUCAACCUGCUGGCAAGACGGACAUUUUGUUCUCUGGAUCCGGGCGACUGCGGCUUAGGCCAAUGACUAGAUGGCAGAAGAGAGCUGCAGGGUUGGGACCAGAAGAAGACGAUGGAUCGUCCAAGGCGAAGACGCCCUGGCUUGGAAACAAAACAGCGAAUCGAUUUACUCCAUACUUUCACCACAUCCAUGUCAUAACACCUACCACUCAAUAGAAGAACCGCGGCAUUGAUGAGAGCGCGUGUCCGUUACGACCAACCGAGAAGGAGUUGCGAGAGAGAGUAAAAAACGACAGACGGAUACUGGUCUUGAUUUUUUUGGUUGGACCUUUUUUUUCCUUUUUUUCCUUUUUCAUAUUAUUUUCCUUUUUUUUCUUAUGUCUGACAUUCCAUUACGACACCAUACUACACCACUUUCGAUGUGCAGCGCAGCAAGGCGCAGGAUGGUCACGAAGGGCAGCAUUGGGUCUGGUCCAGGUGUGCUUUUCUUUUUACUCUAUUUGCGCCGUCUAUAUAAUAAGUCUUGCGAAUCAUGGAGUGGCGGAGAAUGAAAUAGAGGCAAAGAGGGGAGAGCGACGAGCCGGGCAUGGAUGUGUAUAGAGAGACGAAGGCGAGGUAGCAGCAGCAUUUGGUGCGUGACAGUUCAGAAAUCGGCGAGCUUUGUACGGAGAGAAGAUGUCUUUUGAGAGUUUGGGAUCCGUCAUUAGGUAGGGAGUUAUUCAUCGGUAUACCUUGUAAUGGAAUUAGGAUUGUCC